GGCGCGGCUACAGGAAGUGCGUGGCCGCCGGGGGCCAUGGCGGCGCUUGCCGUCGUCUUCCUGCUGCUCUGGGCGGCAUCCUGGCCGUCGGCCUCGGCCUCCGGCGACGAGUUCUGGCCUGGCCAGUCGGCAGCCGACAUCCUGUCGGGGGCGGCGUCCCGCAGACGGUACCUUCUGUACGAUGUCAAUCCCCCCGAGGGCUUCAACCUCCGUAGAGAUGUCUACAUCCGCAUCGCCUCCCUCCUGAAGACUCUGCUGAAGACGGAGGAGUGGGUGCUGGUGCUGCCCCCCUGGGGCCGCCUCUACCACUGGCAGAGCCCCGACAUUCACCAGGUCCGGAUUCCCUGGUCCGACUUCUUUGACCUUCCAAGUCUCAACAGAAACAUCCCCGUCAUUGAGUAUGAGCAGUUCAUCGCAGAGUCUGGCGGGCCCUUCAUCGACCAGGUCUAUGUCCUGCAAGGCUAUGCGGAAGGCUGGAAGGAGGGGGCCUGGGAGGAGAAGAUUGACAGCCGGCCCUGCAUCGAGCCGCCACUGUACUCUCAGGACAAGCACGAGUAUUACAGAGGAUGGUUUUGGGGUUACGAAGAGACGAGGGGUUUAAACGUUUCCUGUCUGUCUGUCCAGGGAUCGGCCUCCAUCAUCGCGCCUGUGCUAUUGAGAAACACGUCUGCACGGUCUGUGAUGUUGGACCGAGCCGAGAACCUCCUCCACGACCACUACGGUGGGAAGGAGUACUGGGACACCCGGCGCAGCAUGGUGUUCGCCAGGCACCUGCGGGCGGUGGGGGAUGAGUUCAGGAGCAGGUACCUCAACUCCACGGACGUGGCCGAUGGAAUCCCCUUCGAGGAGGACUGGACCCGGAUGAAGGUCAAGCUGGGCUCCUCGCUGGGGGGCCCAUACCUGGGCGUCCACCUGAGGAGGAAAGACUUCAUCUGGGGGCACCGGGAGGACGUGCCCAGCCUGGACGGGGCCGUGCGGAAGAUCCGCAGCCUCAUGAAGGCCCACCAGCUGGACAAGGUGUUCGUGGCCACAGACGCCGUCAGGAAGGAGCUGGAGGAGUUGCGGAGGCUGCUGCCUGAGAUGGUGCGGUUCGAGCCCACAUGGGAGGAGCUGGAGCUCUACAAGGACGGGGGCGUGGCCAUCGUGGACCAGUGGAUCUGCGCGCACGCCCGGUUUUUUAUUGGCACAUCGGUCUCCACGUUCUCCUUUCGAAUUCACGAGGAGAGGGAGAUCCUGGGCUUGGACCCCAAGACAACAUACAACCGGUUCUGCGGGGAUGAGGAGAAGGCGUGUGAGCAGCCCACUCACUGGAGGAUUGCGUACUGAGCCCCCGCGGCUGCCCAAGGACACGUGUCCCCUCCCGGAUCUCAGGCUGGGGACCCCGCAGAGCUGCACUGUGUGUAUCCUCGGCCAGGGUGUCUCUGUGAGCCGGUGCCUCUGCGUCCCCAGGACUUGGGUUGCUUUCACUUGGGAUCCAUUCGGAGGCAGGCGUCUGCAGGCAGCAAGGCCCCCAGUGAUGCCGCGGAGGUUCCGGCUUAUCCUUACUGACCUUGGCCUGCGGGGUUUCCAGCAGUGUUGGCAGGCCUGGUACCUGGGCUGCUCCAGCCCUGGGCCAGUGGACGCGAUGCUGACCCUGCCUGUGCCCCAGAGCAGUGCCCUUGGCCCUGCGCUCCUCCCCACAGAACCCCGUGCCAGCUGGAUGGCAGGCGGACCUUACCUCACCAGGGCUGGGCUGAGGCUUGUGGGGCUGUGAUCCCCACCCCUCACCUCCGCCUGAAUCAGAGCACCAGAACAGUGUUCAGGACGGCUGGUACUCUGUGCUUGUGUUGGGGGGCGGGGGGAAGCCCUUCCGUGGUUGUCUGCAGGGUCCUUCCAGCCAGUGUGGUCCAACGGCCACAGCAACACGCUGGACAGCCGGAUGCUCGUCCUUGAAGCCUCUGUGCCCCCGCCCCCCUGCCUUGAGGGCAAAGAGAGCAGGCUAGAGGAGCAGGGUCACUCCAGCCCCAGACCAGGUGCCCAACUUCCCCAACACGUGGGGUGACUGCUGAUGUGGGUGUGGGGAGCCAUGUGGAGUUUGGGGGUGGGGUACCCAGAGCCCUGACCUUCCUGCGUCUCCUUUAGGGUCCUAGGUGUCACUCUCGGUCGUGCAGGGUGAAGUGACGAGAUAUUUAUUCUUUCUCCAUUUGUAUAUCAAAUGUUAAUAAAAUACAUUUUCUAAAA